AUGCCUCCUGGCGGUGGAGGUAAACGGAAAAGAGGCGACAGAUCUUGGUCGGGCGAUUCUGGGCACGACGGUCAGCGACCUUCUCCUCAUCGACCGGGAAAUUUGAAUCUUGCGCAACACAACCAAUCUCUCUCCCCUAGUCCACGCCGCGGCUCUGGAGAAAUCAGUGGGAGGGGGGGAAAGAAUAAUAGAGGCGGUAGAGGAGGAUUUUCAGGCCGCUCGCAGCCUGUAGCUCAAGAUCAACAAAAACCUGCUCAGGAUACCUCCAUGACUUUGACUUCAGGAAAACCGACCAACGUGGCCCCCGAACAGCGGCAGACGGGUGGCGGAAAUACAGUCGAAUCGAAUAUAAAUGACAAGCUGGACUCUUUCGCCUACGAAAUCGUCACGAAAGAAAUUCUAAAUAGUUGGCAAAAGAGUGGGAAAAAAACAGUAAUUAACCGAGGCAUAGCUGCACGAGACACAAACGACACCCUCGAUCUAUCAUACGUAUUUCAAGAGUUGAUUCGAUCCGUUUUAUUCAAAAGAUUGGUUCCGUCCGAGGCAGGUGGAACAGUACGACAAAUACUGGAAGGAGGGAGAGACGAACAAUCUGGUAGGGAGGACACCUCAUCACUCUUCCUAAAUACUCUGUCUAUACUUGUCGAUGACAACGAUACCUCGAAUGACGCUUUGAAACAAUUUGUGUUCGCUACCGAGAUUCCACUAUCACUAUUGCGUCUAGAGUUGGAUACGAGUUUGGUCCAAGGGUUAGGACUUGUACGAGAAACCUUCGCCCGUAUAGGAAUUCGAAAACAAACGAAUAUCCUUUAUCGACAAUCCAACUAUAAUCUUCUUCGAGAAGAAUCAGAAGGGUACUCAAAGUUGGUUACAGAACUUUUCACAACAAGCAACACCGAAUCUCCGUCCAGUGAGAAUGUCGAAGAAACGUUUGAACGUGUUAAGGCAAUGAUUGGAGCCUUUGACUUGGAUGUCGGACGUGUGCUUGAUGUUACCUUGGACGUUUUUGCAGCAGUACUUGUGAAGAAAUAUCACUUUUUUGUUAGGUUUUUGCGCGCUAGUUCCUGGUGGCCCAAGGGUGAUCGCUUGCGUCGUGAAGAAGAGUCUGAUCCUUACACUGGGCUCCCUAGUUGGGCUAUUCCAGGAUGGACUGGCUUCGACGAGGAAAAGAAAGAAGAUCUUGCACGGAUACGCGACGACCGAGACCAAGCCUUUUGGAACCGUGUGCGAGAAAUCGGAAUUCGUGCCUUUUACGAAAUUGGUCGUCGGCCGUUAUCUGAGGAGGAGCGGCAGCUUGCACUGACAGAUGCCAGCAGUCUGGCCGAGUUUGAAGCCGAAACUCGAAAGUGGAUUGAACAAACCGGCACAUUACCACCAAAAGGUAAUCGUGUUGCAGCUCAGCUCCUAGGUUUUAAGCUUCGAUUCUAUUCAACAGCUGCUAGGGAGGCUGGCCACUUGCCGGAGAACCUCAUCUGGGUUGCUGCUUUACUGAUCAAAAUUGGAUUCAUUUCAUUGCGCGAUCUCUACCCCCACCUUUGGCGCGAAGACGAAUCUAUGCCUGAGCUAGAGGAGAAAUUGAAGAAGGAGAAAUUGGAAUUGGAAAUGAAAGCGCGACCAGGAGGAGGCAUCAAUGCUCUCAUGCUUGCUGGAGCUCUUCCCGAUGAUACCCUUCCUCCCCCUGUUUCACGUACACGUGAGGCAGAGACUCGUUCUGGCACCCCCGGAAAGGAUUCUGAAUCUACGACAAAAGAAACUCUUGAUCAAGAACCACCACCAGAUAUUAGGGAGCAGAAAGUCGACUUAUUGAAGAGCUUGCUGACCAUUGGUGCUGUUCCUGAGGCCCUUUACAUGCUCAGCCGGUUUCCUUGGCUCAUGGACAUACCGGAGCUACCAGAAUACAUUCACCGCAUCGUUCAUCAUUGUCUAAGCAAGAUUUAUACCCCGCUGCGACCUUUGCAAGGAGCUGAUCAGCUUCGGGAAGCCCGAAAAGUGCCUAGUCCUGAUCAAUCCGGCGUACCUAAAGGGCAAGUCCGCUUAGUUGAUGUUCCUCCGCGCAAGCUUCUUCGCUGGGCCCAUCCUGAUAAAGAAGAUCGUGAAGAUGGGACCAACUACCGGUUCUACUGGGACCACUGGGCCGACACUAUACCCGUUUGUCAAACUAUCGACGACUUCUUUGCGCUCUCUUCCUCGUUGUUAAAUGUUUCUGGCUUCAAGAUAGGGCAAGAUCCUCUGUUAAUGAGCAAAAUUGCACGAAUAGCUCAAGAUUCCCUCAAAUCGGAUACAUCAGAAAACAAUAAGAUUCGCUGGAGAGAUCUCUGCAAGCGCUUGCUUCUUCCAGCCUUGAGCUUGUCCAGAAAGAACCCAGGCGUCGCUAACGAGGUAUUCGGUGUGAUUCGGCACUUCCCCAGGAUCACGCGUUACAAUAUGUAUGCCGAAUGGCACUUUGGGCAGACAUCUAGACAACCUGAUAUCAAAACGGCUUUCGAGCUGGCUACAGCACAAACACGAGAUACCUUAAAGCGUUUGAGCAAGACGAAUAUCAAAGCCAUGGCACGCGCAUUGGCCGAAAUUGCAUAUGCAAACCCUGGAAUUGUCAUCAACGUUGAGAUCACGCAGAUCGAGUCCUAUGAUAACCUAAUCGAGGUCGUCGUUGAGUGUGCUCGUUACUUCACGGACUUGGGAUACGAUAUUCUUAUCUGGGCCCUCAUCAAUUCCCUGGGCCAGAAAGGAAGAAGUCGUGUUCAACAGGGAGGCCUUCUAACCAGUCGGUGGUUGAACGCGCUAUCAACUUUCACCGGCAAAGCUUUUAAACGCUACUCUGUCUUGAAUCCUUUGCCAAUUCUUCAAUAUGUCUUCGAACAACUACGGCAUCAAAACUCAACCGACCUUAUCAUUCUAGAACGCAUGAUCAGCUCCAUGGCCGGCAUUGUCACUGAUACAAACUUUAACGAGGCACAAAUCCAGGCUAUGGCGGGUGGCGCUCUCUUGCAAUCGCAAACGAUGUUGCAACUGCUUGAUAAACGACAUGAAUCCAAAACAACUUCCAAAAGGCUCAUGAAGGCCCUUACAGAGUCCAAAAUGGCAGGUCAACUACUUAUUGCUAUUGCUCAAGAGCGUCUACUAUGCGUUUACAGGGAGUCAGAUAUUCCGGAGCUAAAAUUGCUGGGCAAUAUUUUUGAUGAAAUUCAUCGGAUUCUCACACAAUACCUGGACUUGCUUCGUAGCAAUCUUACAGUUGCCGAAUUCGAUUCCUUCGUUCCUAGCCUGCCAAGUCUUGUUGGUGAAUUCGGCCUACAGCCGGAUAUUGCUUUUUGGAUUUCUCGACCUAGUUUGAGUAAACAGAUUGCGGAUGCAGAUCAUCUUACCAAGGAGAGCAACUCAGUUCAUGGUCAAACUGUCGGUAAAAACCAGGACAGUUCCGAGUCUAGUGGUGGCGACGUGGAAAUGACAGGGGAGCACAACAGCGAAAAGAUUGACGAACCGUCAAACGAGGGUGAAAUGGAGGUGGAGAAGUCGCCCGCUAUGGCAGAUUCAACGAACACUGAUAUUGCUCCAACCACGAAUGGUGUUGUGAAUCAUGAAACAACACCCUGGCACCCUAUCCUACAAAAGCUCAUGGGUGAGAUCCAGGAGAUUUUGCCGUCAAACACCUGGCAAGUUGUUGGGUUGCCUUUUUACCUGACAUUCUGGCAACUUUCGAUAUAUGACGUCCACAUUCCGGGGAAGGCAUACGAGGAUGAAAUUGAAAGACAGAAACGUCGAGUUUUUGUUAUUUCCAAUGACAGAACUGACAUCAGCGUGGCCGGGACACAGAGAAAGGAAAGGGAAAAGAAACAAAUACAGGAGCUUCAAGAUCGUCUACUUGAAGAGAACAAAAAUCAUCUUGUAUCUUACGAACAAACUCGAAACAGAUUGCAGAAAGAGAAGGAUCACUGGUUUUCAGGUAUGCGAGGUAAAUACGAAACUCUCAACCUUGCUCUGUUAGAGCAAUGCUUUCUCCCUCGUCUUUUGCUCUCAUCUAUCGAUUCCUUCUACUGCUUCAAGAUGAUGAAAUUUCUUCAUACUUCAGGCACUCCCAACUUCCGGACAGUGGGCCUGCUAGACCAGCUAUUGCGGGAGCAUCGGCUGACGGCGAUCAUUUUUCAAUGUACUUCAAAAGAAGCCGAUAAUUUCGGACGCUUUCUCAACGAAAUUCUACGCGACUUGACACGUUGGCAUGCAGACAAGGCAGUCUACGAGAAGGAAGCAUGGGGACACAACAAGACGCUCCCAGGUUUCGCCAUGAAUGUCGAUUCCGAGGGCAAGUCGACCUCUUUUGUUGACUUUGAAAUGUUCCGUCGACUUUUAUACAAAUGGCACCGUCUUCUUGCCGGAGCAUUGAAGACGUGCUUCAAUGGAGGAGAAUACAUGCAUAUUCGAAACGGUAUCAGUGUUUUAAAGUCUGUCUCCCAGAAUUUCCCGGCUGUGAAUUGGAUGGGCCGUGAUAUGUUGCAAUGUGUCAACACCUUGAGCAACGAUGAUAGAGAAGACGUAAAGAUUGCAGCAGCGUCAUUGAAGGGGGAUCUCAGCAGAAGAGAGAAGCAAUGGCUUCUUCCUCAAGCUUUCAUGAUUAAUGAAAAUGUGACUGGAGAAAAAGCCAAAUCUCGAUCAGCACGGCCUGACUCCGGUACCCCAAAACCAUUGAAUGCAACUGCCACAGAAUUCAAGCUUCCAGGGUCAGCAGGGGCCAAUGACGUAUCGAGUGGCCCAGCGACGGGCAAAUUGGAAGUAGAGGAUGGGGAGAUUGAAGAUGCCAAAAUGAGCGAUGCCGCAGCUGCAGAAUUGAAGGGAGACUCUGCCACUGAGCAAGCUGAAAAGCAGCUGAGCGAAACCCCCGAGUUAGUGGCGGAAGCUCUUUCCACCACAGUCGACCAGAAUACAGCUUCUGCCCGCGAGGAUAAAGGACAAGCAUCUGACGCAGAGCAACAGCAGUCUGAUGGUCGAGCCAGAACACUUUCGCCAGCACAAUCUCGACAGGGCUCAAGACCACCAGAUAUGAAUCGUUCGACAAGUAUACCGAAACGUCCAGACUUAGACCGGCCUUCUCGGUUACCGCCACCUAAUCUACCAAACAAGCCUGAUCCUCCUCGCUAUAGAAAUGAUGGACGCUCGUCCAGACAACCGGAUCUAAUUGAUGAACGCAGUAGAGAUGCCAGAGAUGGGGGUCGACAUCCCGACUUCUCUCGGUCUACGCGAUAUAGUGACGCUGAAAGAGACCGGCCUUAUGAUCAUGAAAUCCGAGGCCGUGGACGAUCGGACCGUGACGGAGGUGAUUUAUCACGGGCCCCUCCGUUUGAUGAGCAAUUCCGAACCCCUCGUGACAGUCGUGGUCCCCCUCGUGAACCUGAAGUCGAUCGUUCUGGUCGCUUACGACCCCCAGACUCCUUUUCUCGGGGGGAUGCAGGCCUCCCCUCUCGUUCUGCAGCCCAACCACAUCCGGACAGAGCUGAUCUCAUCCAUGAACAUCCUGACCGUGUUGCAUUGAUAGAGGGUGAAACGCAACGCCGUGAUCAUGGAAGGUUAGACCGUGAGGAUCGUAGGCCUCGACCAACAUCACCUACAAGACCAGACGACCGUCGAAGUCAUCGCCAUGGCGACUACCCCACGGGGCCACGCGGCGAAAGGUCUGGACGGCCCGAUUUGCCAGAAACUAGAGAUUCGCGACCAGCUCCUGAUAUGUCUCAUGGAAGAUUGAAUCAAGAUUCUAGAGUUAAUCGCCCACCCGAAAUACCGACAGAGAUUCCAUCAGGGCCACGGGCAAGAGGCGUGCAAACACGGGGAAGAAAUGCACCUCCAUCUACCCAAGGAACGCCAGUUGCAACACCUGAACGGCCACCACCAACAGGUCCCGCCGGCCGGUCGAGUGGCCGCCUUCCAGACUCACUUACUUCAUCGACUUCCGAAACAGGUGAUACAAGUGGCGUCCACCCCGAUAGACUAAAGAACCUUCAGGUUCCGUCCGAGCCUAGUUCUGCAGCCCAUCGAUCACAGGGACCUAUGGUGGUACCUGCUGGUCCUCGCAGUUCCCAUGGAACUCCUGGCAGUUCCCCUAUCACCCGAGCACCGCCAUCCGGGCCAGGUGCUGAUAGGAGUCGUAGCGAUAAGCGCUUUGCAGGCCUCAAUAACAUGCUCCAGCAAACUGGUGGUUCGCAAGAGCGAGGCAAUCAGGGAACGUCGAUUCGUGGUCGAGGAAGGCAAGCUAGCACCACAAAUCCUCAUGGCAGCCGACCUGUUAGUCCUCCUGGUGGAGGGUUCGAAGAAGACACUGGACCACUGAGAGCGGAACUCUUCCCUGGUGGCAAUGAGGAGGAUACCCGCGCUUCUGGCCGAGGUCGCCGAAAUGAGGCCACAGAUGAUGCAGAUUUGGAACCUAAGCGCUCUGGGCGUCAUGCAAAUCACAACGCCCCCGAUCGAGACCGUCGGGCGGAAGAGGAACCAGGGAGAGGAGGUCGAAAAGACGAUCGCCGCGAUCGGGGACGUGACAGAGACCGGGAACGUGACCAUGAACGCAGCCGCCGCCCCGAUAUUGGAGGAGAAGAUAAACCAUCCCAACCAUUAAAAGAUCAAGGUCCUCGUCGUGGAACUAGCGGCCGUGACGAUAAUAGGAAACGGGAUCGUAGAGAUAGAGGCGAUGGACCGGCUGAACCUCCAGUGCCUGGAAACAAUGAACACCAUGGUCGAAUGCGGCCUCCGUCUUCCCAGGGCAGCAAUAAUGUACCUCUUCCUGGGCCGCCCGGUCCUCCUGGCCCUCCUGGUGAAGAUCGUCGAUGGAGCGGCAGUGGUCGUGGUGAGAAUCGCGACAGAGACCGCAAUCGGGAGCGCGGUGGUGGAAGGGAUCGUGAUCGUGACUUCAAUCGAGAGGGCGGUGCACCGAGUGGUAACAACACCUUUCCACGCAAGCGUGGUCGACCCGGGGACGAUAAUUCCGGGCAUGGAGAUGGCCCUGGACGUGGUAUGCGAGUUGGAAGUGAGAGUAAACGAAUGCGACGCGGCACAUAA